UAGGAUCUUAUUCACCAGCCCAGCUUUAAGAUGCCCACCACUUCAGCACACUCACAAAACUGACUGGAAUUGAUGGUGUAGUUGAUCUUCUCACGCGUGGCCUUUACACAGGGACACAGAACACACCUGGACAGAUAAUCAUCAUCAAGGAGCUUUACAGACUAGACAGAUUGGGCGUGUGAGCCAUGGGUCAGUGGCUGAGCUGGCUCCUCUUGCUGGCAGGACUACUGGGGGUGUGGACACAGGAUUAUUAUGAAGAAAGAACAGGCGAGAAGAGAACCAAGGUGAAUGGUCAAACAACAAAUGUCCUGAAAUAUGAUAAAGCAUCUAUCGUUGAUGAAGACUGUGGUCUUGAAUUGGCCUUCCUUGUGGACAGCUCAGAGAGUGCCAAGGGCCAUCACCAGCAAGAGAAGAAGUUUGCAAUGGACAUUGUCGAUGGCCUGCAGAGCAUCCGUUUAAACAAUGGGCGUAAAUUGAGUUGGAGAGUGUCGUUGCUCCAGUACAGCAGCCAUGUCAUCAUAGAGCAAACGUUCAGACAAUGGCGGGGCACUGAGAACUUCAAAAGCAGCAUCGCUCCGAUGGGCUAUAUCGGCCACGGCACCUAUACUACCUAUGCCAUUACCAACAUGACAAAGAUCUUUUCUGAGGAGUCCAAAACAGGUGGCAUCAAAAUCGCACUGCUUCUUACAGAAGGAGUCUCCCAUCCAAGGAAUCCUGAUAUCUUCUCUGCCGUAGCUGAUGCCAAGAACCAGGGAGUGACAUUCUUCACCAUCGGCAUUACGCACACUGCCAAUGAGCCUGCAAACAUUGCCCGUUUGAGGCUGCUAGCCAGUACACCUCCCUCUCGCUUCCUCCAUAACCUUCAGGAUCUACAAAUUAAUGAGAAGAUCCUUAGUGAGAUUGCUCAACUAGCAGAAGAUGGGUGCCCUGUGUCUCAGAAAUGUGCAUGUGAGAAGGGUGAGAGAGGACCUAGUGGCCCAGCAGGAAAAAAAGGCAGACCAGGUGAAGAUGGCGCCCUUGGGCCUAAAGGUCAAAAGGGUGAAAGUGGGUUGAGUGGACUUCCUGGUCGUGAUGGCUCAGAGGGUAAGCCUGGCUACAAAGGAGAUAAGGGAGACAGAGGUGACUGUGGCACACCAGGAAUCAAGGGUGACAGGGGUCCUGAGGGUCCUGUUGGUACAAGAGGAACCAGAGGUUUGCAGGGUUUACCAGGACCACAGGGUGACAAUGGACCAGAGGGGCCUCAAGGCAAAAAGGGUGAGCGUGGUUUGCUUGGUCCACCUGGCCUUCAGGGUGAAACUGGGAUUGGACUUCCAGGACCAAAGGGUGAUAUGGGAAUUCAGGGUAGACAUGGUCCUCCUGGCCCAACAGGAAUUGGAGAACCAGGACCUCCUGGGCCUCAAGGUCCACAGGGUGUUCAAGGAGAAAAAGGACCACAAGGAGAAGGAUUUCCAGGACCUAAGGGAGACCGGGGGCCGGAUGGACCAAGGGGCCCAAGGGGACAAACAGGCGCUGGAAUCAAAGGAGAAAAGGGUGAGCUUGGGCAUACAGGGCCUUCAGGACCAGUUGGUCUUCCUGGGAUUGGCAUUCAAGGCGAAAAGGGUGUGGAGGGUCCAAGAGGGCCUCCAGGAGGAAGAGGGCUACCAGGAGAGGGUCUUCCAGGACCAAAGGGUGAACAAGGAUUACCAGGAGAGAUUGGCAGCCCAGGAGAGAGAGGAAUUGGAGAAUCUGGACCAAAGGGUGAGCCUGGUGCAGGGGGACUGGCAGGUUUACCAGGACUUCCUGGAGAAGAUGGCGCUCCAGGUCAAAAGGGAGAGCCUGGAUUAACAGGCCUGAGAGGACCUGAAGGUGCAGCAGGAAUUGGCACACAAGGAGAAAAGGGAGACCAGGGCCAGCGGGGAGUCAGAGGAUUACCAGGCCCACAUGGAAUUUCAGGCCCUUCAGGUGCCAAGGGAGAGCCGGGAACACCAGGACGAUUGGGCAUGCCAGGACUUCCCGGGCGAGCUAUUGCAGGACCAAAGGGUGAUGUGGGGCCAGCUGGUCCUUCUGGACCAAUUGGAGAAACAGGUUACGGGCUCCCAGGUCCAAAGGGUGACCGAGGCAGUCCUGGACCUCCUGGGCCAUUUGGGCCAAAAGGUGAAGGAUUUCCUGGACCAGUGGGCCCUUCUGGUCUCCCAGGUCUGCCUGGGGAACCAGGACCUGAGGGCAUUGGCUUUCCUGGUCCAAAGGGUGACGUUGGUUUUCGAGGUUUACCAGGUUUGCCAGGCCCGCCAGGUGAAGGGAUUCAAGGCCCUCCGGGCAACAUAGGAAGGCCAGGACUACCAGGACCAGCCGGGCCCCCAGGGGAAGGCAUUCAAGGCCACAAAGGAGAUCAGGGACCACUGGGUGUCACUGGACCAAGAGGACCACCAGGGGAGGGACUCACAGGUGUUAAGGGUGAUCGAGGCUUGCAGGGUGAGAGAGGAAUGAAAGGCGUUAAAGGUGAUUUUGGUGACCCUGGACUCCCUGGACAAUCUGGACGGCCUGGAGAAAAAGGCGAGAUGGGCCUUACAAGAGAGGACAUCAUUAAGCUGAUCAAAGAGAUCUGUGGAUGUGGCAUUAGAUGUAAGGAGAGGCCUAUGGAGUUGGUGUUUGUUAUUGACAGCUCUGAAAGUGUCGGUCCUGAAAACUUUGAAAUCAUAAAAGACUUCGUCAUAGCACUAGUGGAUCGCGUCACAGUAGGCCGCAAUGCCACGCGCAUCGGCCUCGUCUUAUACAGCCUGGACGUCCAUCUGGAGUUCAACUUGGUACGCUACAUGACCAAGCAGGAUGUCAAGCAGGCUAUCAGGAAGAUUCCUUACAUGGGCGAGGGAACAUACACUGGUACUGCUAUUCGAAAGGCUACUCAAGAGGCUUUUUAUAGCGCCCGCAAUGGAGUCCGCAAAGUGGCUAUCGUCAUCACUGAUGGACAGGCAGACAAGAGAGAGCCUGUGAAGCUGGACAUGGCAGUGCGGGAGGCCCAUGCUGCUAACAUUGAAAUGUAUGCUCUAGGAAUUGUUAACACAUCAGACCCUACACAGUCUGAGUUUCUCAGGGAGCUUAAUCUCAUUGCUUCAGACCCAGACAGUGAGCACAUGUACCUCAUUGAUGACUUUAACACCUUGCCUGCUUUGGAGUCUAAACUUGUAAAUCAAUUUUGUGAGGAUGAGAAUGGAGCACUCAUCUACAAUCGCAUUACCAAUGGCAACGGACACAACGGAUACAAGCAUAAUGGCUACGAAAACAACAACAAUGUCUUACAUGGGAACAAUGGCUAUGGGAGACAUCAUGUAGAACAAAUUGACAGGAGGGUUCCUUACUCUGAAGCAAAGAUUAACCCUGCUCCUUUCAGUGGAACGAAGAGUCCACAAGAUGACCACAAAGCAACUGAUGUCACAAAAUCUGUUCCACCUGUACAACCUUUACAGCCUGAGAUCAGCACCCCAUCUCUUACCAGCAUUAUAUCAUCACUACCUUCAUCAUCAUCAUCAUCAUCAUCAUCAUCAUCAUCAUCAAAAUUGCCCUCCUCUUCUUCAUCAGGAUCUGUUAUAUCGACUUCUUCAGUGAAUGUAAAGCCCCAGCCCCGCCCUGUUGUCGUCUCAGCUCCUCUGGACCCUCGUUGCUCCCUUGUUCUGAGCCAGGGAACGUGCCGAGCAUACAUCAUCCGCUGGUACUAUGACAAACAGGCAAACUCCUGUGCCCAGUUCUGGUAUGGAGGCUGUGGGGGCAACGAGAACCGUUUUGAUACUGAGGGCGAAUGCAAGAAGACAUGCGUUCUUACUAGUAUAGGUUAAACUGGAUCUCAGAACAAGCUCAUUUUACACUGAAAACAAAUUGAAUUAAAAAUCGCAUUAGCUCUUCACCAUCUUCCCUGAAACUGCCACCAGAACAUUACACUUCCUUUAGCAAAUUCAGCAAUUAUGUUUAACAAAAGUGUAAGAAAGAGAGAAAAAAAAAAAAAAAAGAUUACUGUGAUUACCUGCUCCAUACUAGAGCAGUGCUUAUGAAGUAACUCUGCCUGUUCUCUUUUCCUGUAUGCCCAGAUCACUCAUUUCCUGAUAUACCUCUCCUAAUGUUACCUCUUUUUGGUACCUUGUAGGACUUUCUGCACUGCGUUUCAUUUAUGUUUUUCAGUGAUACAAUUGUUUUGCUAUAUUUUGUCAUAAAAAUAUAUACAGUAUCUCACAAAAGGGAGUACACCUCACAUUACAGCACCUUACAUUUGGUAUAUCUUUUCAAGGGACAAUAAUAUAGAAAUGAAACUCGGAUAGAUUUUAAAGUUGUCAAUGUGCAGCUUGUAUAGCAGUAUAGAUUAGAGAGGACAGAUAAAGUUAUAGUCCUCUAUAUUUAGAGGACAGAUAUAGUCUCACCAUACAGCCAUUAUUGUCUAAAUAGCUGGCAACAAAUGUGAGUACAAGUGUAAACAGCUGUAUGUCGUGUAACCAUGCAAAGCUACAUAUUCUAUUCAUCAUGUUCAUGUUUUACCAUGGCCAGGAUCAUACAUGGGUUUUCCAAGACAGGUUCCACUCAAAACAGGCCUUGUGCUUUGCAUUAUUUGCAGAAGCUGGCUUCAAAAAACAGACGCUUGAGUGUUGCAGCAUUGCUUUAGAGGUUGCAGAAGCAGAAGGUCCGCUUGUCAGUGCUCAGACCACACUGCAACAAAUUGGUUUGCAUGGACGUCAUCCCAGAUAGAAGCCUCUUCUAAAGCUGGCUCACAAGAAAACAUGCAAACAGUUUGCUGAAGACAACUUGUCCAAGAGCAUAAAUUACUGGAAAUAUGUCCUGUGUCUGAUGAGAUAAAGAUAAAAUAGUUUGGCUCAGAUGUUGUCCAGCAUGUGUGGUGAUCCCCUGGUUGGGAGUACCAAGAAAAUUGUGUCUUGCCUACAGUCAAGCAUGGUGGUGGCAGCAUCAUGGUCUGGGGCUGCAUGAGUGCUGUUGGUACUGGGGA